CUUAGAGUCUCACAUGUGCUUCCUAUCUUUCUUUCAGGUUUUGCACUCAUUUACCACCAGAAAUGCCUACCGAUCUCCUCGAGCUCCAUUACUACCAAGCCAUCUCUGUUUACUUUUCUGUGCUUUCUGUUUUGGCGUUUUUGCUCAACAGUGGUGUCGUGAUCAUUUUCUUAGGCAAUCGAUCAUUACUGACAUCAUCCAACUACUUAUAUCUAAGCAUGGCCUUUUCUGAUCUAUUGAGAGCCAUGGUAGUUCUGCCCGUUGCUGCGUACGCCAAUUACAAAUAUUGGUGGAUGGUUGAUAAACCUAUCUGUCAGUACUUUGCUUUUUCAUCAACACUUCUUGGACUAUCAUCUAUGGUCCACUUAGUGGCUUUAGCAUUACAAAGAUGGAUCGCUCUUAAAACGGCCGCAAUAAACGAAGUAGCAAAGAGAAAAAUGGCAUUAUUUGUGGCUGGCCUUUGGUUGUAUUCAUUCAUAUGGAGCGUGUGUCCUCUUGUAGGAUGGUCAUCGUUUGGGCCAGAGCUAGGCUAUUCUGGAUGCUCAAUCAACUGGCAUUCCUCUGUAACAAGUGACAAAGUAUUUAUUUUGUGCUUAUUUAUCCUCUUUUUCUUUAUACCAGUUGCCUUAUCAACGUUUUGCUACAUUAGCAUUUACAUCGUAGUACGAAAAAUGGCCAAGAAUGCUGUGCAAAGGUGGGGUAACGUCGCACGUCCGACGCAGGAAACGAUUCAAGCCAAAGCUAAAACGAUUAAGAUGUCACUGGUGAUGCUGGUCGCUUUUCUGGUAGCUUGGGGUCCGUAUGCUGUAGUAUCGAUGUACUCCAGUUUUACUUCAGCAACUAUUUCCCCUUUACUCUGUACUUUACCCUCACUAUUUGCCAAGUUGUCUUCAUCUUAUAACCCAAUCAUCUACUUCUUUAUGUUCUCUAAGUUCAGAAAGGCCGGGAAAAAGAUGCUUACAAAGUUAUUCGCAAUAUCCAACGUUUUUAUCAGUAGACAUUCAGUGGUAGUACUUCCUAUGCCAGCUCUUUCUCAACCAAAUAAGGGUCGCGUUGACAUCCAACUUGACUUAGCCAAUCCCAGCAAUUUACAACAUCAAAAACACUAA